AUGUCUUUAACUUGGACUUAUCCCGUGACUAGACGUGACGAGUCUGUUGUCGAAGAACUGCACGGUUACAAAGUUGCCGACCCUUACAGGUGGUUGGAAAAUCCCGACUCUGAAGAAACAAAGGCGUUCGUUGAGGCUCAAAAUGCUCUUACGAACAAGUAUUUGGAAUCUUAUCCUUUUCGCGAAAAGCUCCGUAAUACCCUAACUAAAAUUUAUGACUAUGAGAAAUAUGGUUGUCCUUUCAAAUAUGGCAAUAAUUAUUAUUAUUUUUAUAAUACUGGAUUGCAACCUCAAAGCGUCUUAUAUCAAUUGAAAAAUUCUCUUAAUUCUCCACAUGGUACUGCUUCUCUUAAUACCUAUGCCUUUUCAAAAUAUGGCAAAUACUUUGCUUACGGCAUUUCUAAAUCAGGAAGUGAUUGGGUCACUAUGUAUGUAAAAACGACUGAAAAUGAUCAAUUGUUAUUGGACGAUGUGAUUGAAUGGAUUAAAUUCUCAUCCGUCGAUUGGAUGCAUGAUGAAGCUGGCUUUUUAUAUAGUAGAUUCCCUGAACCCGGAAAAACAGAUGAUAAGGGCACUGAAACUGAUGUGAAUCUCGAUUGCACUCCUCAAUCCGAUGAUAUAUUAAUCUAUAAAGAUCCGAGUAAUCCUGAGUACUCUUAUGAAGCCUCCGUUUCCACAGAUGGUCGCUUUGUAAUUCUCACAAUUGGAAAAGAUUGUGAUCCUGUAAAUAAAUUAUGGAUUUUUGAUUUAAAGAAAACUGAUUAUCGAAUUGUUGAAAAUCUCGACUUUUUCAAAAUUGUUGAUAACUUUGAUGCCGAAUAUAUUUAUCUUGCAAAUGAUGAUAUGAUUUUUUAUUUCAAGACUAAUUUAAAAGCUCCCCGAUAUAAGAUCGUAAAAUAUGAUUUGGCUCGACCCGAUGAAGGGUUUAUCGAAAUAGUCUGCGAACAUCCGACAGAUGUUCUUUCUUUUGCAUGCGUAAUUGCAGAAACAAAUCUUGUUCUAACAUAUAUGCAUGACGUGAAAGAAAAGAUAUCUAUACAUGCUUUAUCUACUGGAAAACAUAUUAAAGAUUUACCAGUUCCGAUAGGAUCGAUAGAUACAGUAAGAGGGAGGAAGGAAGAUACAGAAUGUUUUUUUAAGGUUGCCACCUAUUUGAAUCCUGGUGUCAUUUAUCGAUAUGACUUUAUAAAAGAGGAGUUGAAAGAAUAUUGGUCUACAAAAAUUACUGGAUUGAACAGUGAUUUAUUAGAAACAAAGCAAGUCUUCAUUGAAAGCAAGGAUAAGACUAAAAUUCCUGCUUUUAUUACUUUACCAAAGAAUAUCACUCUUGACGGUAAUAACCCUACUUUAUUAUAUGGAUACGGUGGAUUUAGUAUCAGUUUAACUCCAACGUUUUCCCCUUUCUGGCUGACCUUUGUUCAGCAUUAUAAUGGCAUCCUUGUUGUACCUAAUCUUCGUGGCGGUGGUGAAUACGGUGAAGAAUGGCAUAAAGCAGGAAUGCUUCAUAAUAAACAAAAUGUUUUCGAUGAUUGUCAGUACGUUGCUAAAUGGUUGAUAGAUAAUAAAUAUACACGUCCUGAAAAAUUGGUUGUAAACGGUGGCUCUAAUGGUGGUUUACUAGUUGGUGCAUGCAUAAACCAG